UCCUUCCAAACUUGUCAUAAAUACCAAUAUAUCCUAAACCAUGUAAUAUAUAUAUUUAAAACCUCAUGGAAUAUAACUUUAAUGAAAAUAAGACAACAACAAGAAGUCACGAGUCCACCAAACUCUUUAAAAAUUUCUGACUUCACACCACCAUCACCACCCCUAUCCAAACUCACUUGUCAGUCCCUUCAUUCAUUCCACUUCUGUCUCAUCCAAUCUCCUCUCAUUCACCACCACUUUCCACCGCACCAUGCCGCCGUUCACCACCACCAUCUUCCUCCUCCUCCUCCUCUUCCACCCUUCAUCCUCCUACCCCUUUGACAUAGCAUACCAUAUCGACUCCGGAAGUUCCACCACCACCAUCGAUAAAUUCAACACCACCUGGCUAUCAGACCGGUUCUUCACAUCCGGUUCAACCGGACUAGUAUCCGAACCGCUUCUCUUCCACUCCUUCCACGAGAAAACACUUCGCUACUUUCCAGUUACAUCCGGUAAAAAAAACUGUUACAUAUUCCCAAACCUCCCAACUGGGAGAUACCAUUUAAGAACUUUUACCGUGUAUGAUAACUACAACGGUAAACAUCAUCCACCCAACUUUGACUUAUCCGUUGAAGGCACUUUGGUGUUCUCAUGGCGGUCACCAUGGGAACACCAAACUAGCCGUUAUGGUGAAUAUAUAGAUAUCAUGUUUUAUACAUCGGAUGGUGAUGCUGAUGUAUGUUUCUUUAGCAUUGCUACGGAUUCUCCUGUAGUAGGUUCUAUUCAGCUUGUCCAGAUUGAUCCGGAUUCGUAUGAAUCCGGUGUUACUGGUAAAGAGUCUACACUGUUGGUGAACUACGGUCGGUUGAGCUGUGGUUCGAAUAAGUGGGGGAUGGGGUUUAGUAAUGAUGUGGAUGUUCUCGGACGUGUGUGGGAUCCUGAUGUUAAAUACAGGUCGAAGAGUACGGGACAGGUUAAGUCUGUUACGGCGGUUAGGAAUGUGAAAAAUUCGGGUAUUGGGCCGAACUAUUUUCCGGCUAAAUUGUAUGAUUCGGCGGUUAUGGUGAGUGGAACGGGGGAUUUGGAGUAUGAAUUGCCUGUGGAUGCGAAGUUGGAUUAUCUUGUGUGGCUGCAUUUUGCUGAGAUUGAUGUGAGUGUGAAUAGGAAAGGGAAGAGAGUGUUUGAUGUGGUUAUAAAUGGUUUGAAUGUUACUAGGAUUGAUAUAUUUAAGGAAGUUGGGGGUUUUGCCGCUUAUAGUUAUCAUUAUAUCGCUAGGAAUUUGAGUGGUUCGCCGUUGACUGUGAAGCUUGUUCAUGUUGUUGGAUCACCGUUGAUUUGUGGGCUUGAGAAUUACGCGAUUGUUCCGGCUGAUAUCAUGACUGUGCCUGAGCAAGCGAUUGCUAUGCAAGCGUUAAAGGAAUCGUUACGCGUUCCAGAAAGAAUGGGAUGGAAUGGUGAUCCUUGUGCGCCGACUAAUUGGGAUUCUUGGGAAGGUGUUACUUGUCAUCCCAAUAAGGAUGAGUCUGCUCUUGUGAUCUUUCAGAUUGAUCUUGGGAGCCAAGGCUUGAAAGGCUACAUUAGUGAUAAAAUUGUUCUGUUAACUAAUUUAGUAAGCUUGAACUUAAGUUCUAACUCUUUAGGAGGUACUCUACCUUCAGGAUUGGGGCAAAGUUCUCUUAAGAAACUGGAUUUAUCGAACAAUCAGAUAUCCGGGUCCAUACCAGAUAGUUUAGGUUCUUCAAAUCUACAACUUGUUCUCUUAAAUGGUAACAAACUGGAAGGACAAGUGCCCGAAGAGCUUUAUUCGGUUGGUGUCCAUGGUGGAGCUAUUGACCUUUAUGGUAACAAGGGGUUAUGUGGUGUACCUUCUUUACCGGACUGCUCCUUGUUCCGUGGCAUAUCACAUGGUAGUAAAAUUGCAAUCGGGGUAUCAUGUGGUGUCGUGUUUUUGUUGGUGUUGGUGAUAAUAUUUAUCUGUAUAAGAAGACGGCGUCAUGAUUAUGACUUUGCUCUUCCGCACGAGUUAGUAUCUCUUGCCGCAAAGAAAAACAAAUACCAGACACAAAAAUCGUUAAUGGCUCUUGAAAUGGAGAGCCAACAUGCCAAAGGGUUCAUGCCGAAUUACAAUUCAGACUAGCUUGACCUUUUAGUCGAAGAAAGCGGUGCAGGGUGCGAGUCUAGCCAACAAAUGACUUUAAACCAACUGUCUAUAAAAUGCAAGGUUUUUAUUGUUUGGAAGACACUCUUGGAAGACACUCCGAAGUAACUAAUACCCGUAAAAUAAUUGGGUCGGGUUCUUGCGUGGACUUGUAAAGGUGGGCUGGAUCUUGAAUAAACACGAUAUUUGCUAUUUUUUACUUUUAUUGUACAAAAGAAAAUUUGGCCAGGAUGCUAAAUUAUGAUAUGUGUUUAGGAUAUCUAUCUUUUACUUCCUGAUUUUCAUAGAGGUUGCUACAUGUAACUGCAGGGUCUCCAGUAUAACUUUCAUAUCUUUUGUAUUAUAAAUAAUCAAUACAAAAUACAUCAUGGAUUUUUACCAAA